CGGGUGCGUUGACUCCUGAAAUCAAUUGAGCUGAGACAGCCUGUGGGCCGAAUCAUUCGGGGCGCGAAUUAAGUGUGCCCAGGGGUCCCCCCUACACAUUCCUUUAAGUGGACAUCUCCCCAGGGUUUUGUUCCGAAUCCUUUGAUCUUGUUCCGAAAUUGUCAUUAAAGAAGUUCUUAUUCGCCGUUUUGAGAAUUGAGGCCUGUGCGUAUGUUAUUGAGCGAUUUUGAUUUUUGCAUUUUGGCGUUUAUAUCUCUGCUAUUAAACUCCAUGCUUCUUUACAAACCACCGAAUUCAUGUGCCACCAACUUCCUUAAUACGAAUUCGGUUCGCGAAGGCAUUAUUGUGGGGUCGUCGUACUGUCUGUACUACCGCCCUCAUCCAUUUUCCGCGAAGGCUUUAGUGUGUUUUCGUACACAUUCCGGUCUGUUUUUUCCUGUUGGUGAAAAAAAAAAUCUCGGUUGUUCACGUUGUUUCAUAGCUGAGAUACAUUCCAGCGAAGGAUUCAUGUAAACAUUGCCUUUUUCUGUAAUUUGUUUGUGGACGUUUAUGGGCUCUUUCUGUUAUGCCGUGAUCGGCCUCCGUAGAGUUUCUAGCCGGUUACGUGAACAAUUGGUUGCAGCCGUAAAAAUAGCGUCCGGCCCGAAUUUCGCGCCAAUUUCAGCCUAGUAUAAACGUAUGCAUAUAUAUGACAACGUACAGAGUAAGCCGAGUGCACAGCAGGCGGGCUAUACAGUGCUACAUGUACUUGUGCUAGCUACAUGUUUAACUUAGUAAAGAAGUGCGAAAAUGGAAUAGGCCUAUGACCAGAACCAGAAGGUUCAACAAUGUGUCCUAGUGUCCUACAUGUACAUCUUCAUACAGUGCAGCUCGACCAGGAUGGAAACAUCAGUGUGCGACUACAACAUAAUUGACUUAAAAGACAUUUCAUUUGAUGCUGAAAUAAGUACGACUGGAAGCAGAAAUAAAGUGUACCGGGCAACCUGGCAAAAGUCAAGAAAACAAAAAGUUGCUGCAAAAUGCUGCCAGCGCUUCCAUGAGGAAGAAGUGUUGAUUCUGGCAAGAAUGAACCAUGACAAUAUUAUCAAGUUCUUGGGAGUUGUGAAGCCCACUUCAGUACUGGAGAAUUACUUCAUCGUAACAGAAUAUGCGGAGGGAGGUUCUUUGUACGAUGUGAUUAGUCAACAUCGUGAAGACUGGCCAGAGUUUAGGCAGAGUCGUUGGAUGAGAUGGGCCCAGGAUGGGGCUAAGGCUCUACAGUACAUUCAUGAAAAGAAGUACCAACAUGGGGACGUCAAGUCACCCAACUUUCUGGUUACCAGUGAUGAAACAUUGAAGAUCUGUGACUUUGGCAUAUCCAGGCAGUGUGACUACACCGUCAGCACAGUCACAAACAGGGGAUCCUCACCAUGGAUGGCGCCAGAAGCCUUUGGCGAUGUGAUGUAUGAUUCAUCUAGCACAAGAAAACCAUGCAAGGUCACAACAAAAUCAGAUGUUUAUUCCUUUGGUGUUGUGAUGUGGGAACUGAUUUCUGGUGAGGCCCCCUAUUCUAAUAAAAUGCCGAUGCAGAUUCUCACAGCUGUAGUUAUCAACAAAGACCGCUUGGAGAUUCCACAUGAUUCCCCAGAACACCAGCAAAUGAGUGAUCUUCUAAAUAAAUGCUGGCAAGCUGACUACACACAAAGACCAAGUAUCCAAGAAGUCCUUCAAAGCCUCAUUGACAUUGACAAUGGCUGCAAGAAAAUACUGGGGAAGAGAACACCAGAUACUGAGGAAAAUGAUUCCGCACAACCACCAUCAAAGAAGGUAACCACAGGUAUUCUACAGCAGCAACAACCGAUCAUGCCUUUUUCAGUACUACUAAACAAGCAGCACUUAAAGGUUGAGAGUCCAUGGUCAAUGAGGGAGAACACUGAGCUGAUCCCCCUAUCAAAGCUUUGUCGCAUUGCAACCCUUAUCCAGCACCACUGGAAGGUGAUAGCUUGCCAUGUCCAAGAGGAGGAGACGUUGGAAGUGGAUCUCAAAGCCAUCAGAGAGAACCAUGUCAAACCAGCCAAAGAGGCUCUACAGAUGCUGUUUCAGUGGAGGGAAAGAUGGCCCAAUGUGAUGUGCACCUGGGGGAGGUUAUAUAAUGCUCUGUUUGAUUUGAACCUUGAGACGAUAGCUGAGAAAUGCAACCAGGUGCAUAUGACUUACAAGCAUGAAGGGUCCCCCCAGCUACAAGAAAAAGUCAAGUUGUUGAGUGGAGAAGAACCGGCUUUUAUUCCAGUUGGCACUAAUGUACUAGCCAAGUACAGAGGCACUUUCUGUGACGCCAACGUGAUAAACAUCAAGAAGUCAGUGAGGUGCAUGAUCAGCUUCCUCAGUGACUUUGCUGACACAGUGGUUUCUGAUGAUCAUAUCAGGGGGUACCUUAAGGUUGGAGCAGUGGUUGAGGCCAGACAUCCAGUGACAGACGAGUGGAUGGAUGGUAUGAUCACGAAGCUGACUGAUGCCAGUAUGUACACUGUCGUGUAUGACGAUGGAGACGAGAAGACAUUAGGGAGGUCAUCGCUGCGUUUGCAUGACAGGCAACUUAUCAAUGAGCAUGAGAUGGACAGAAAAGAAUUGCCUUUCCUUCCGCGUGGAACUGAAGUCAAAGUCAUGUACAGAGGUGCUCUCUGUGAUGCCAAGGUGGAAACUAUUAAGAAGUCAGUGAAGUGUAAGAUCAACUUCUUUGGUGGCAUCAGUGGCGUACAGGUUUCUGACAAUUUCAUCAAGGGGGACCUCCAGGUUAAAGCAGUGGUGGAGGCCAGACAUCCAGUGACAGAAGACUGGAUGGAUGGUGUGAUCAUGAAGGUGACUGAUGACAGUACAUACACUGUGGUGUUUGAUGAUGGAGACGAGGAGACACUAAAGAGGUCAUCCCUGUUUCUGUGACAAGAACAACUCUUCAGGGGUGUGAGAUUGAGAGGUUGGUUCUGCUGUCCAACUUCUGCUCUCUCAUCAUGCGAGAAGUCAUAAGCAGGAAGAGAAUCAGUAGACAUGGCGUUCAGUUAUUGGGAAGGGACUACAAACAGAAAUAUGAAAU